AUGAAUUUAAAAGCGCUCAUCUAUAGGGCGAGAAUUAGAGAGGUCCCGGUAUAUUGUUGUUUCCUGUGUGUGCUAUAUUUGUUUUACAAGCAGUUUUUUUACCCGAGAUUGCAGCACGCUGAUUGUGUGCCGAAACACCUUCACCAAUAUGUUGAGUAUAAUGAGAAAUUUAUACUCGUACCCCGUGAACUGCAGAGCGCAGAGAUCAGCGAGCUAGCCAGCACCAUCGCAGCGUUGAACUACGAGCGCACAGUGUUCCAGACCCACAAGUACGGCACCGUGACCAGCAAGACGACCAUACUGGUGGUGCAGGUGCACCGCGACUUGGAGCGGUUGCAGUACCUGAUUGUGUCGUUGGCGCAGGUGCGCGAAAUCGAGUCCGUGCUACUUGUCUUCUCACACAGUUAUUACGAUGACAGAAUUAACAAACUCGUGUCUAAAAUCACGUUCUGCAGGUUCAUGCAGAUAUUUUACCCAUACUCGCUUCAGCUGUAUCCGAACAAGUUCCCUGGCAUAGACCCCGACGAUUGUGCGAGUGCAACCGGUAGGAGAAAAACGUUCUGCAGCAGCCGCGACGGCCGCCUCACAGAGCACAAGCACCACUGGUGGUGGAAAGCUAGUUUCAUCUUCAAUAAUCUCGACUGGUCCGCCACAUUCAAGGGCACUGUAAUUUUUUUACAAGAAGACGACUACGUUUUGCCCGACUUACUACACAUGCUGCGAUAUAUGAGGCGGUCGCAUGCAUACCUUCCAGGACUCCACCUGCUAUCCUUUGGAAGGCCACACGCAAAAGGUUUAGAUUUUGACUUACUUUCAGUGUCCUCGUGGCAUCCUCCCUUUGACAAAGGUCUGGCGUUCAAUAAGAGCCUAUGGCAGAAAAUAGCUGCAGCCUCUGUAUAUUACUGUUUGUAUGACGACCUCAGUUGGGGCUACUCACUGCUCAACGUUUUUAGAAAGUUCAAAGAGAGGCCUGUGGAUAUGGUGGCCACCCUGAUGCCACGUGUACUAUCUACCAGCGUGUUCCCUAGCGGGCGCGCGGCCAUGCAACAAAUUGCCUUAUGGCUAGUUGGCACGAGUAUGUUUCCAGUAAAUGUAAAGGCAGUAAUACUCUACAGCAGUAAUGGCCGAGUGAACGCAGAAGUGAAGCAUCCUCCUAGGGGCAAUGGCGGCUGGAGUGACUUACGGGACCACCUGCUGUGCCUAGAUCCUCUCAUGUCCACAACCAUCGGCAACGCAAAUGACAUAACUGCGACCACGUUCUCGCUGACCACCAACAUUGUUGCUCACUACAUUACUGUCGGUCAACACAAAAUGAACAAGUCUGAUGCUGACCUACAUAAUGUUGUGAAUUAUAAAUAA